CAGAGAUAUUCACUGGAGUGAAAAGUGAUGAGACUGAUGGGAAAUGUAGCAAGACGACAUCAAAAAUGGGCGGGAUGGAAGACAGAAAGCUGAUAAAAGGAAAUGCAAAUUAUGGAAGGUCAAAAAACACUUAAGGCCGAAGACUUGGAUGCAAAACUCAACUUCAUCCGUGAUAACCACCUGUCAGAAAUUUCGUCAUGUCACAUCUUUCAGGAAGCUCCAGCAACUUGAGUAUCUGCAUCUUAUUUUGGAGAGAAGAAAGGUGAGAAAAACAUGCCAUGUCUGCAUACGGAGUCCCUGCCCUCUUUGCCUGCUGAAGGCAGGUAUGGUGUCACCUCGGCCCGCCGGGGGUCUCAAGGGUCAAGAUCCAAGUCAGGUAAAAAAGGGAAGAAUGGAGAAAAGGGUUCUCGUGUGGAGAGGAAUGACAGCGAGAAAGACCAGAGUGUCAUCACCAGUGCUGGAUGGUUUUUCUCACCUCUUUGGACGCCAGGGGCCAAAACCCAGAGACUGGGAUUCAGGGUGGGAAAAGAAAGUGAGAAAGUAAAGGCAUGGCUGGAUGAUCAUUCAGAUUCUGCCAGGUCGUAUUUUAGCAGAUCCUCAAGACAUUGGGUGCAUGGCUGUGUAGAAAGAGCCCAAGCUGCUCAAACACUUAUAACUGAGCCAAGGUCUAGGAUGACUAUUCUUGGCAGACGUAGGGUGUCCCACCCUCCGUGUGUGCCCUCUCGAGAACAUCUGCACCCUGCUACAAUGGAUAGACCACGCUCCUGCCUUUCUGUCCAUCAGAUUGAAGAUCCUGUUUGUCUGGAUUGGGCCGGGGGUCGUUCUCAUCGAUCUUUGCAGUCUGCAUACUUUCCGCUUUCACCUUGUAUGUCAAGGUCAAUGUGUUUGCCACAUUCUCUGAGCUCCCCAAGACCAGCAGGACAGUGUAAAAGAGGCGAGUCCUGUAACUUCAUGAUGCGCCUCUUUGGUGGUCCAAUUAGACCUCUACAGAACAAAAACAUCUGUCAGAUCCUACAGCACCUUUGUGAGAUCACUCAAGCCCAACGCUGCUGUCUCUCCAUGACAGCAGUGGACAAAACAGGUGUGAAGAGUUUGGGUCCUAUCUUCUUAUCAGAUGAGGAGACUGUCUACGGCUAUGCACAGGCAGAGUGGGACAAGUGCAUUAUGGGAUACGUGGUCAGCACUGGGAGGCCACUUAACAUCAGGGAUACCCGUGAGGAUCCAAGAUUUCAGAUUGAACUGUACGAGAGGGAAGAAGACAGACCCAUGUGUAUUCUCAGUGUGCCCAUCCUGAACCACAAAAAGGAGGUUAUAGGUGUUGUCUUGGCUGUGAACAAAAGUAGGCCAGGCACAUGUGUAGGCAGCUUUUUCUCAGAACAAGAUGAGAAAGUGCUGUCGUCACACAUGGUAUUGUUCGGACUGAUUCUGGAAAACAGCCAGCUGUGUGAAAGUUCUGAACAAGAGAGCAAACGCAACCAGGUACUUUUGGAAUUGGCCCAGCUGGUUUCACAUGACUACCCCUCUGUGGAUGACAUGCUCAGCAAACUGGCUGCUGUCAUCCUGCCAGUUACACAAGCGCAAUUCUGUACUGUUUUCAUUUCAGAUGACAACUCCAUGGGGCCUUUCUCAAAGAUGGUUCAUAUAGAGCAUAAAGAAAACGACUGCUCUGUCCAAUAUUCUACGAGGGAUUAUGACAGCAAUGACAUCAGCUAUGCGUAUGCCGUGCAUGUGCGAAACUCGAUGGAGAUGCUGAACAUUGUCAACAGCUCCGCCCAGAUUUCUAAGCUCUCUCAGAUCAAGACCUUGAUCGGCACACCUCUGAGAGGCAAACAGGGAGAUAAUGUCAUAGGUGUGUGCCAGUUAGUCAAUAAAGUGGCCCUCACUGAGACAGAUGUUUUUAGUCAAGCUGAUGAGCACCUCCUGGAGGACUUUGCGGUUUACUGUGCUCUAGGAUUGCAAAAAUUCAACACGCAGCAGAGGGCAGAUAAAACCAGAGCCAAGCUGGCUGUGACUAAAGAGGUCUUAUCUUAUCAAAUCUCUGCUUUGCAAGAGGAAAUUGAUGCCUUGGAGGAAGCCGUCAUACCGUCAGCAGAUUCAUUCCGUCUACUGGAUUUUAGCUUCAGCGAUUUUGAUAUGUCCCAGAUUGCCAUGACUCAGGCUGUUGUGCGCAUGUUCCUGGAUCUGAAUUUGCCCCAGGAGUUCAGCAUUGACUACAAGAUCCUGUGUCAGUGGGUUUUGAGUGUUCAGAAGUGCUACAGGAGCAAUGUAGUCUAUCACAACUGGAGUCAUGCAUUGCGCACGGCCCAGUGCAUGUUUGUCAUGCUGCAGACAAAGGAACUAAAGAGUAAUUUUAGCAGUCUGGAGGUUCUUGCUCUCAUGAUUGCCAGCCUUUGCCAUGAUCUGGACCACAGAGGAGUAAAUAACUCUUACAUAGAGAGGAGUAACCAGCCUCUGGCACAGCUGUAUGGUCACUCUUCCCUAGAGCACCAUCAUUAUGACAUGUGCCUUCUCAUUCUCAACAAUCCCGGCAGUCAGAUUCUCAGCUCGCUCUCAUUGAAGGAAUACAGGGCUUGUGUGCAGAUGAUUGAGAAGAACAUUCUGGCAACAGACCUUGCUAUCUAUAUAGAGAAGAGAGCUAAGUUCUUUAAACUUGCUCAGAAUAACAGCUGUCUUUGGACAGAUGAAGGACACAGAGAACUACUUGGGUCAAUGCUAAUGACAGCAAGCGACAUAUGUGCAAUAACCAAACCAUGGCCAGUUCAGAAGCAGAUUGCUGAACUUGUGGCGACAGAAUUUUAUGCACAAGGAGACAGAGAAAAGUGUGAAUUUAACAUUCAGCCGAUGGAGGUAAUGGACCGUGAAAACUCUACUCGUUUACCUCACAUGCAGGUUGCCUACAUCGACGGGAUUUGCUCUCCGCUCUAUGAGGCUUUGGCGAGCAUUUGCGAGUCCUGUUCCCCAUUAAAAGAAGGUUGCAGAAGGAACAGAAAACAUUGGCAACAGCUGGCAGACAGUGGAGAGAAUGAAGAAAGGAUAAAAACAAAAGGAAAAACAGAUGGAGAAAGAGAAGAAGCAAGUUAACACUAUAUAAACUCUUUGGGUGAACCAUUCACAGAGUGGACCAGCAAGACUCACAUCUAGAGUCAUAUCUGAUAUUCAGAUUAUUACUAUAUUUGAUGACAUUAAAACCAUUAAAGGGACCCAAAAAUGAAAAUCCCAUCAACUACUCACCCUCAUGUCGUUCCAAACCUGUGAGACCAUUGUUCGUCUUCGGAACACAAAUUAAGAUAUUUUUGAUGAAACCCAAGAGCUUUGUGACAAUGCAUAGACAGCAACGUAACUAUGACCAAUGCUUGAAGUGGAAAAAAAGAAGUGCCAGUAGAUUCAUUCACAUGAAUUGUCGAGAUGAGAUGACUCCUCCUGGUAGUGUGAUUUAUAUAGUGCCAUUUCUAAUCGCCCAGACACUGACGCUUUGACCCUGAGCGCCGGCAACAUGUCAAAAGUGCCGGUACACACUAAAAAAUGCUAGUACACAAAAGACUAAAAUACAGGUGUGUACCGGCCCACUUCAAGCACUGACUAUGACAUUUAAGGCCCAGAAAGGUAGUAAGGACAUCAUUAAAAUAGUCCAUGUGACAUCAGUGGUUCAACUGUAAUGUUAUGAAGCUACGAGAAUACUGUUUGUGCACAAAGAAAACAAAAAUAACAACUUUAUUCAACAAUUUUUUCUCUUCUGUGUCAGUCUUUGCAUGUUCAUGAGAAUACCACAAUGCAUGUGCAUGGUGCUGCUGACAAAACAUUGUGGUAUUAUCCGAAGACUGACACGGAAGAGUCUUCUCGCAGCUUCAUAAAAUUACGGUUUAACCACUGAUGUCACAUGGACUGUUUUAUUGAUGUCCUUAAUUCCUUUCUUGGCCUUGAAUGUGUCUGUUGCAUUGCUGGUCAGAAAGCUCUCGGGUUUCAUCAAAAAUAUCUCAGUUUGUGUUCCGAAGAUGAAUGAAGGUCUUAUGGGUUUGGACAGGGCCAGAUUAACAUUUUGUCGUACCCUGGGCAACAAUAUUCAAGGGCCCCAUCAUCACGACCCCAGGAUCACCAUAAUAUGGUCAUAUAUAGAAUAUAUUACUGUAAUAUACAGUAAAUAUACUCAAUACUUCAAAUCCUAACUGUCAUCAUAUUUUGAUUUACAAAUAUUUAAAUGCUCAUAGAACUACAAAUGCACUACUAUGCAUUAUCAAAGACAUUCACUCACAUAUGAUGCUAUGAAAACAAAACACAUCAGCAUCUGUGUAUAAUCUGGUAAAAUUGACCCACUACAUUGAGAGGGAGGGAAGUAUCCUCCGUUUUCACAAAAAAUGAAUAGAUAAGCAACCACUUUCAAACCAUCGUUUAUUUAACAACACUUAUUCCCAAUAGAAAUGUAUGGAAUUGAUAGAGCUAUCACAGAAGACAAGGCAAUCAAGUUAUUAGACCAACACAAACAAUUUGAAAUCUGCCAGUUAUCCCUCCACAUCAAUUUACAGCAUUUUCAUAAAGCUGGCACCUCAAGGAAAAAAUAAAAAAAUAAAAUGCAGUAUCACUAUUUGAUCAUAAACAUUUUGAUCCUAAGCUCAUUUAACUUGUUUUAAAAUAGAACAACAACAUGUUAUAGCACAACUAACCAGUUAAACAUUUUAGUGCUACAUAAAUACACUACACAAUACUAAAUACACAAAACAAUUUCUCUGAAGAAGACAAGAUCAAAUAAAUGCUAUAUAAUCUGGCAAAACACACAACUUUAGUCCUAAAUAAUGAGGAAGUGCAUGUUUAAAUUUGAGUAUAUAGGUAUAUACUUUAAAUUUUCAGCGUUUCUGAUGUCCUUUUCCUUUUUUAAUUUUCGCUUCGCGCUCCCACUUAGCUUCUCCAUUGUGUCUGAUUUUUUUUUUUUU